AAACUCCGCCGGAAGGGGAGGGAAGGGAGGAGGGGGCGGCGGCCCCGGCAAGGGAAGUCGGCUUUCACGGUCGUCCGUCUGUCCGUCCUAAGCAGGAGGGGGCGCCACACGGGAGACCGAGGGGCGCGAGCGAUGUUGCAGCUGGCCGGGCUGGGCUCUCGUGCGCUCGGCUUAAGGCCGUGGCGUUGGGUCUCUGGAAGAUGGCAGAGGCUCUCGGCAGCCCCCCCGGAGUCGAGCCAGCCUUCGGCGGCUUCCCGGCGCAGGCCCCGGCCGGCAGUCGCUUGGCGCGGGAGCGUUGGAUCCCUUCCUUGGAUGGUGGAGAACAAGCAGAUGCCAUUUGGCCAUGUGGAGUCACUUUGCUGUUUCAGCACAUCAUCCAGCCAUAAAGAUUCUGAAUAUGGAAGAUUAAUUUACCGUGGAAAUUUAGCAAAGGCAGUAGCAGGAGUGAAGUUCUUCUCUUAUUCUACCAGCAUGUUAAAUAUUGCUAUAAUGACCUACAUCAGCCUUGGAACUGGAUUUGAUAUUGACAGUCUUCCUUUGAAAAUUGCCCUUUACAGUGGCAUAGGAUUCUUUACAUUUGUAACACCAGUUAUGCUGCAUUUCUUUACUAAGGGAUAUGUCAUCAGGUUAUACCACAAGGCCGAAACAGACACUUAUACAGCCUUUACUUAUAAUAUUAUUUUGGCAGAAAAGAAGACUGUCUUCCAUCAGAAGGAAGUGAAGGUUCCAGAUCUUAGCAAAAUGUUCACCUCAUUUUAUGCUAACACGAAGUCGAUGCUUGUUAAUCCUAUGGUUUUUGAAUAUCCACAAGACUAUAAUCAUCUCAUGGGUUAUGACAGGCCAUUCACAUUUGACCAGGAAUAACUGAAAGCAUCCAGUGGAAACAAAUAGACUCUAAAGUGCUAUAUUGGUGGUUUUAUUCAAUAUAUGUGCAGGUUAUAUACACAUAUUAAUUAUUCAGGAUUCCACCAUAAAUUCUGGUUCAAAA